AUGCCCCCAAGGAAGGGAACAUCAGCAAGUUGUAUUUCAACUGUAUGCACUGCAUGCAAAUUUCUGGGACUCACAAAUUGUGAUGGGAAAUUACCAUUAUGCUCUAACUGUUUACAUGCUAACAGAACAUGCAUUUAUACAUCUGAGAGUGAUCGGAGGAGAAGAAAAUACAAUGGUGAUUACAUUGUGUAUCUUGAAAAACGAAUAAAGAAGCUUGAGACUUUGAUCAGAAAGUAUGAUCCCGAGUGGUUGGUACGUCUACAACAAACUGAAUCUCAGAAUUUUGAUCAGCAAGCUGGCGAGUCUGGAAUAGCUCAAAAUAGAUUCUGUAAUCUAGUGGCGAAAUUUGAGGAAAUGGACAUUGACGAUGGAUAUGAUGAGGAGGAUGAUAAUACAAAUACCGAAGGACAACGGGAAGUUGAAACCGAAUAUUGUUAUGAUGAAGCAGGAAAUAUGCCAUAUUCUUUCAAAUAUCUGGAAUCAUCUGACGAGUUGUUGACACUCUGCGAGGAGAAUUGCCCGGAUACCUUAUACUGUUUGAAGUAUGCAGUUCCACUAUUACGUAAGCGAAGAGCUAUAUCCUCCCUUAAACCGACAUACAGAUCAUUAAUGCUUGCAGUGUGUGGAUAUGGAUGUCUUUUCUCAAAAGAUCAAGAUUUACGGAAAAUGGGCCGGUCGCUUAUUAAGGAUGCCUCUGACCUUGUCAUAUCAGCCUCUAAUCAGACAUUGGAUUUAGACAUUAUUCAGGCCCUACUUGUUCUAUCAUGCUACGAAUUUGGCGGGGGAUCUGACUCAAUGUCUUACUUAUUUAUAUCUAUGGCGUGCUCUUUAACUCAACAUAUGGGUUUACAUAUUUCUUAUGAUUCCUCCAACCGAUCGGCUGCAAAAUUUGCUCCUCAAAUAGAUUCAUAUCAAUCGGCAGUUCUUUGGUCUGUUUGCACACAAGAUAGAAUUGUCACGAACUAUUUGGGGGUUCCUGCCUGCAUUCAUUUCAAACGAAUAAUUUCGCCAUUUUACAAGGUACAGCAUAGUCCGGAUGAAGGAGAUGUAUACAUAGAGGAAUUAUGCUUUAGUACUACAUCAAGAUUAUGGUACAUUCUCGACCGAUUUACAGAUCAAAUAUUUUCAGUUCAAUCAGAUUUGGGUGAUACACAAGAGAGAACAAAAUUACUACACACAGCUGAAGAGUCGUUGAAAAGGUUGAAAGAGGCCUUUCCAUCAGGAUUAUUACUCGUGGAUGAUCAGACAUGCAACGGCAAUUUCAAUUUUAACGCUGUCUGCUUCCAGAUGAACUAUGAAGCCUGUAUAAUUAUUCUUGAGAAGAGCUUUAUUGGGCACUCGGAGACAGCUGCGACGAGCAGAUGUAUUACUGCAGCAAUCCGGUUGACGAAGUUGUGUGACUUACUUUUAAAUUUCGGAUACAUUUUGAAAAUACCCGGAUACUUUGGCUUUCUUAUUUAUAUGGCGGGCAUUGUGCACUUAGUGUUAUGCUUUCAAAACAAACGGGUAUGCCCAACCCAUUUGCCGCUUCUUCAAUGUUGCAUAGAUGUCUUGAAUGCUCACGGGGCAUCUUGGAAACGUUCAACUGGUCGUGCCCAGAGAUUGCUUACUUUAGCCGAGGAUCAUGGCAUUUUUUUACGACGUAGUAAUGCUGCGAUAUCAGAAGAGGAUACAAAUAUCCAAAGUUUGGAAUCCGGCAAUAGCCAAGGAGGAGGCUAUAUCUUCGAAAAAGAUUUGAAUAUCUAG